GUGUGGUGUGUGUGUUGUGUGCAGGUGUGUUGUUGUGUGCAGGCUUUAUUCCUCUGCCUGGGUCAGGGUGACCUUGGUGGCGUUCAGGCUAUUGAUGUAAAGGAUGCUGACUGGGAGCACUGAGCUGAACUGGGGGAGGGAGAGGCCGGCUGCAGCAUUAAAGUGCAGAGAACCUGCAGCGAACAGACGCGACCUGAGAGAUGCCUGCGUCUCAUGAGCCCUGCUUCACAUGCAGGACAUUCUGCAGUAGAAGCACCGGGUGUUUAAGACUUGCGCGUUGUGUUGUUUCUGAAACAAGCAGCCAAUACCACAACAAGCUGCGUCUGUGCUGGUGUUAUGUGCUGUCUCCAUGUGGAGCUGCAGGAGCGACUCCACGCUGCUGCUGCUGGAUGUGAUCUCAGCCGAACGCACUCGUUGGUCUCUUCUGCCCCACAGUGGCAGCCUCUCGCUCUUUACCACAGGACACGUGUUCGCUCCCCUUCUCACUCUUCAGUCUCUGCUUAUUCAGGCUUUUAUUUCUUUAAUUUCAAGUUUUUAAUUUACACACAUUUACUAAAGUGCAGUUUCCAUAUUUAGAUUUACUACUUUGUUACUUUUCCAUCGCUGUAGUAUUUUACUUAACAGGUCCUCAACACAAAGCAUUCUGGGUAUUGUAGCCCUGGACUAAGAGCUGGUUUCAGGAUCACAUCUCCAUUACCUCAUGUUAUCUGGUUUUAUUAAUGAUCAAGAAACGUGUAAUAAAAAUGCAUCAGUGUCAUCGUGAAAGGAUUAUGUCCUUCUCAGAUAACUGUUCUCUGGUGAUCAGUGAGUGAAGUGAAUGGAAUGUGGCCUGGCGCUGGGCUUCAUCCGAGGUCCGCCUGCUGAGCUUGUGUAUUGUUUUGUGCGGGUGUUGCUAGGACUGACGCGCCGGUGGCUUUUCAGGGCUUCUCUGCGAGGUGACAGUAACUCUGAGACGCUCCGCGCUGUCGUCUGAAUGCAAUGCCACCGUCAACAGACACGUCCUGAGAUAGCUGCUGCAUUUCACAGCCAGGAAGCGUUGCUCACCCAUGGCAACGCAGCAAACACCAGCCACUGUAUUCACAUCCUUUUAUAUGAAUUCAUCAAGUGACUGAUGUGCUGAAGUAGAAAUACACAUGCACAGGAAGACGAGCAUGAGGGUAUCUCCCAUGUGGUUUCCUUCACAGUCAGAGGAAACCAUAUAUUUAUACACACGCAACACGUUUCCGUCCUUUAGUCCCAUCUCAUCUAUUUACUGGUCUCGAACGGCUGAGCUCCAGCUACAGUCUGGUCGCUUGUUUCAGGGGAAAGGAAUUCACUGUUGGUGUGAGAGGCUGGAUGAGAGAGGGAGGGGUGAUGCGUCUGAAUGGGGAAAGGACUCUGGAGGUUCUAGCUGCGCUGCUGGAACGUGAAGAGAUGCUGAGGAGAGCAUGAGAGCGAAGUGACGGGAACCGAAGGAACCUGCUCGUUCUGCCUCCAGUGAAGGCUCUGGUUCCGUGGACGUUUCUGGGCUUUGAGGUAGACGUGAUGGACUUUCUAGCGGAGCCUGGGGUGUUCAUGCCCGUCCUGGUGGUGACGCUUCACUUCCUGACCGCUGCAGGAGUCUGGUUUUACCGCCGCCGUCAGCGUGGCCUCGUGUUUGAUGAGCGGGAUCGAGUGCAGAAGAAAACGUUCACAAAGUGGAUCAACAAGCAUCUGAUCAAGGUCAGGAAGCACAUCACAGACUUGUAUGAAGACCUGAGGGAUGGACACAACCUAAUCUCCCUGCUGGAGGUUCUCUCUGGAGUCACCUUGCAACAGAAGAGCGGUCCUUCAUUGAAAAGGGCAUACGCCUCGCGGGCCCCCCCUCUCAUCUUGCUCAAAGCGAAGGAUGAGGAGGAGGAGGAAGGCGCUCAGGGAGUAUGUUCGAAUCAGACCCUCUUCUCCUCCACCACUCAUCCUGUGACCUCUGACCCCUCGGCUUCACCCUCUGUCCCACAGCCCAGAGAAAAGGGGCGAAUGAGAUUUCAUCGACUGCAGAAUGUGCAAAUAGCGCUGGACUUCCUUAAACAAAGACAGGUCAAACUAGUGAACAUCAGGAAUGAUGACAUCACUGAUGGAAACCCCAAACUGACGCUAGGCCUCAUCUGGACCAUCAUCCUUCACUUCCAGAUCUCAGAGAUCUAUGUGAGCGGUGAGUCAGGCGACCUCACGGCCAAAGAGAAGCUGCUGUUAUGGAGCCAGCAGGCGACGGAAGGCUACCCCGGCCUCCGCUGUGUCAACUUCACCUCAUCCUGGAGCGACGGGCGCAUGUUCAACGCUCUGCUGCACAGAUACAGGCCAGACCUGAUUGACAUGGAGGUGGUGUCGCGGCAAAGUAACCGUGACAACCUUGAGCAGGCCUUCGAGAUCGCUGAAUCGUUGGGGGUGACGAGACUGCUGGACGCCGAGGAUGUUGAUGUUCCAUCACCGGACGAGAAGUCGGUCAUAACCUACGUCUCCUCCAUCUACGAUGCUUUUCCCAAGAUCCCUGAAGGAGGGGAGGGCAUCGCUGCACACGACGUGGACCAGCGCUGGUCAGAGUACCAGUCCAGGUUCUCCUCUCUGCUCCAGUGGAGCCGCCAGCAUACGGCCCUCAUGGCCAACAAGAACUUCCCCCACAACCCUGUGGAACUAAAGGCACUUUACAAUGAGUACGUCCAUUUCAAAGAGACGGAGAUCCCUGCGAAGGAGGUGGAGAAAGGUCACAUCCAACACCUCUACAAACUUCUGGAGGUGUGGAUAGAGUUCGGUCGUAUUAGGCUUCCUCAGGGCCUCCAUCCUAACGACCUGGAGGAGGAGUGGGGGAAGCUUAUCCUGGAGAUGCUGGAGAGGGAGAAGGUUCUGAGGCCGGCUGUGGAGAGGUUGGAGGUGCUGCUUCAAAGAGCCAAUAAGAUCCAGAACAUGGCUCUGGACUGUGAGGAGAAACUCACUCUAGCUAAAAACACACUGCAGGCCGACAUGUCUCGGAUGGAGAGCGGAGACGCGGUGCAGUGUGAGACCGAGCUGGCCUGCUACCUGCAGGACUGCGAGGCUCUAAUCAGACAGCUCAACCUGGACCUUAAAGUCCUCAAGGAUGAGAAGUACUACCAGGUGGAGCAGCUUGGCUUCAGAGUGUCCUGCCUUCAAGAGGAGCUGGUCUCCCUCAGACUACAGUGCUCCAGCGUCUACAGGAAGGGACAUUUCUCUCAGGCCCUGGGCAGCAGUGGAGCAGAGCUCACCAGCCAGCGAGCAACUGACAGUGGCUUGUCACUGGGCCAGGCUCUGCUGGGAGCUGUGGGAGCUGUGGGCGCUGUGGGCGCUGCACUGCUGCGGCGACCGAUGGCUCGCUCCCAGCUGGUGGCCAUGUCCUCGUCGGAGGACGAAGGAAGCCUGAGGUUCAUCUAUGAGCUGCUGGGAUGGGUGGAGGAAACACAGGAGCUUCUGGAGCGAGCUGAAUGGGGCGCAGACCUGCCCUCCGUGGAAACCAAUCUGCAAGAGCACAACAGCGUCCACGGUGCGGUGGAGGAGCUGCUGAGCGGCCUGCAGGAGGCGCGCAGCUACGAGGCUAAAGUCUCUCCCAACUUCAAGAGCAGUUACUCAGAAACCCUGGCCAAGCUGGAGCACCAGUACUGCAAACUCUUGGAACAUUCGUCAUGGCGCCUGCGGAGCUUGGAGAGCCUGCAUACGUUUCUGACACAGUGCACAGAGGAGCUGAUCUGGCUCAACGAGAGGGAGGAGGAGGAAGUCUCCUACGACUGGAGCGAUUACAACACCAGCAUCAAUGCCAAGAGAGAAUUAUACAGCGAAAUGAGGUUAGAGCUGGACGAAAAGCGAGAUGUGAUGCGAUCGCUCCAGGAAACCUCCAGUCGCCUCUGUCAGGAGAACCAUCCAGCCAAACAGACCUUGGAGGCGUACAGCGCAGCGCUGCAGAACCAGUGGCAGUGGGUGGACCAGCUGUGUGUGUGCGUAGAGCAGCAUCUGAAAGACAACACGGCCUACUUCCAGUUUAUGAGUGACGCCCGGGACUGUGAGUCGUACCUGCGCCAGCUCCACGAGACCAUCAAGAGACAGUACACGUGUGACAAGAACAGCAGACUGAGCAAACUGGAAGACCUGCUGCAGGACUCCAUGGAGGAGAAGGAGCAGCUGAUCGAGUGCCGGAGUUCGGUGGCGAGUUUGGUGGGCCGGGCCAAGACGGUGGUGCAGCUCCGUCCCCGCAGCGCUGAGACCAGCCUGGGAGCCACCACGCUCAUCAGAGCCGUCUGCGACUACAAGCAGAUAGAGACAAACGUUCAGAUCACGAUAAGCCGAGGAGAGGAGUGCGUUCUGGAGGACAACUCUCAGAGGACCAAGUGGAAGGUGAUCAGCACCACAGGGAAUGAGGCCAUGGUCCCCUCAGUGUGUUUCACCGUCCCUCCCCCGAAUCAGGAGGCCAUCGACACAGCCAGCAGGACAGAGCAGCUGUACCAGAAGGUGAUGUCUCUGUGGCAUCAGCUCCAUGUCAACAUGAAGAGUGUGGUGUCCUGGCACUACCUGCUCAAAGACGUCAGGACUGUCUCUGAAUGGGACCUGGACGCGGUUCGUUGUCAGUCUCCGACGGAGCGGCAGCAUGUCCUGGAUCACCUGGAGUCCCAGUUGUCUGACUUCCAGUCUGACAGCAAGGAGAGCACUCUGUUCACACCAGCUGAUAGACAGGAGCUGGAGAAGGAGGUUCAGCAGGCUCUGCAGCACUGCCAGGACCUACUGGUCAACAUGGAGACUGCGGAAAAGGAUGAAUCAGUCUCUCGGUCGUACCUGUCGGAGCUCCAGAACAUCACCCUGCGUCUAAGUGAGGCAGAGCAGAGGCUGAUGAGGGGGAUUCAGACGCCACCGCCCAGCCGGUUGUCCACGGACAACACUGACAACACUAUGCAGAUCGCACAGCAGGAGACGCUGCAGUCAGAGCUGAACAGCCUUCGGUCCACUUUGGGUGACGUCUCUCGUCGUUGUGUCAGUUUCUUCGAGGAGAAGUCGGCUUCCAGCAGCGUUCCCAUUCUCCGUUCUGAGCUCAAUCGGGCUGUAGAGAAGUUAGACAGAUUGCACAAUCUCUCGUCUGUCUACCUAGAAAAAUUGAAAACUGUAGACGUUUUGAUCCGUAGCCUGGAUGAAGCAGAGAGUCAGGUCAGGAAGUACGAGAGCAGGUUAAGUGAAGAAGACAUUGUUCCUGCCGACACAACAGCCAUUAAGAACCUCAGGGAACAGCUCGGGAAGUGGCAGGUUGAACUCCCUGAGCACGAGGCCGUCUUCCUGGCUCUGCAGUCUGAGGUCCAACAGGCCAAAGAGGCCGGGUCUCGACUGAGCAGGCUCCACCCGGACCGCAGCCCAGAGCUGGAGCUCUAUGAGGAGCGAGCCAGUCAGAUGAGAGAGAGAUGGAGCGGAGUCAAGAGGCAGCUGGAGAUGAGAAAAACCGAUCUGGAAUCCCUGGGCUCAGCCCUGCAGCAGUACAGAGAUGGUCACUCCGCUCUGGUCAGAUGGAUCGAAGACACGACGCAGCGACAAGAAAGCAGUCAGCCGGGACAGACCGACAGUAAAGCACUGUCUGAACAACUGGCGCAGCAGACGGCUUUAGUAGCUGAGAUUGAGCAGAACCAGACCAAACUAGACGAGUGUCACACUCACGCCAAACAGUACUGCACAUCAGUGAAGGACUAUGAACUACAGCAGAUGACCUACAGAGCCUUUGUGGAAUCUACGCACAAGUCGCAGAUCAAGAGGAGAAGGAUGCACUCUUCCUCUGAGGCCAUUACUCAGGAGUUCAUGGACUUGCGCACACGCUACACAGCCUUGGUCACUUUAACAACCCAGCACGUAAAAUAUAUCAGCGAUGCCCUGAGAAGACUAGAGGAAGAAGAGAAAGAGGUAGAGGAGGAGAAGCAGGCCAGGGUCAGUCAGGUGUCAGACCUGCUGGGUUGGGUCAAAGGCCUCCAGGGCCGGACGGGCGGCCCCAGCGCUGAGUCUUCACUGGCUGCUCAGCAGGCCAUUAGCGAACAGCUAGCAGCCAAGAAAGACGACGUGGCUGAGGCCAUUAGGAGCACACAGAUCUUCCUGCUUUCUAAACAGGCCAGCAAACUGUCCUCAGAGGAGCGUGCUCACGUGGAAGCUCAGCUGGAUGAGCUAACCGCCACCUACAACCAGCUGUGUGACAGCUCCACCCAGCAGCUGCAGCAGCUGGAGCAGCAGCUGGCCAAAGCGGAGGAAACCAAGAAACAAAGUAUUAUUGCUGGAGUCAUUGAUCUGGGAACAGUGGAAACAUUCCCAGUAUUCCAAGCAGCACAACGCGGUCUCAUUGACCAGGACACCUGCCGUGUUCUGCUAGAGGCCCAGCUCAUUUUGGGGGGUCUCGUUCAGCCCAGCUCCUCUCUCAGUAUCACCCUGGAACAAGGUCUAGAUCAAGAGCUGAUUGACACCGAUACCAGACGAUUCCUUUCUGAGCUGGAGUCUGCCUUGCUUUUGGUGGAGAGCACUACACCUGUGGGUGACCAGGAGCCGAUAGUCUUGCCCGCAGCCGUGGCGAUGGAGUUGGGAAUUUGCAGAGAGGAGGUGGGACUUCGUAUUCUUGAACUCCAGAUAAACUCUGGAGGCCUGAUAGAUUCCAUGGGAAGAAUUAUGACUUUGGAACAAGCAGAAGACAUGAGGCUUUUGACUCCCAGAGUCCUCAACAAGCUCCAGUCAAGACUUCAACAUAGAGAACUCAUUGAUCCGAACACAGCUGAAAAGUUAACCUUGUAUGAACUACAACAGCGCUGUGUCCUCCACGAAGGUUCAGGCCUUCUUCUGUUUCCUGUGAAACAGCAACCUGGAGGAACCGUCUGCCUGCGCUCUGGAAGGAAGGUCGGCAUCUUUCGUGCAGUACAGGAAGGUCUGAUAGACCGUAAAGUUACUGCGCGCCUUCUGGAAGCUCAGCUGUUUGCUGGCGGCAUUGCCGACCCACGUUCUGGCCACAGGCUGACAGUUGAAGAGGCCGUCCGUCAUGGGCUCAUGGACCAAGAUCUAGCCUGUGCCAUGUUUGUGCGACAGCUGCAGAAUGGAGGAAUCAUAGAUCCCGUCAGUGGAGAACGCCUGGAUAUAGAGGAAAGUAUUCGCAGAGACCUUCUCUCCUCCCGUUUAGCUCUGCUGGUCCUUGAAUCGGUUUGGAAUUUCAUGGGACUGCUUUGGCCUGAGUCUGGAGAGCUUCUGCCUGUGUCUGAGGCACUUCAACAGGGCAUGAUCUCAGGAGAACUAGCACGAAGUAUCCUGAGACAUCGUCAUUCCAUUGGGGCGCUGUACAAUCCAGAGACCCUCCAGGUGCUGCCCAUGAGCACGGCAGCUGGUGAAGGCCUUAACCCUGGUGGAGUCCGUUUGCUCAGAGACAUUUUCAUCCCAGAUGUUCUGCCCAACAUGAACCAAGCUGGUGCCCCGUGUUUUAACCGCUUGAGCUGGGGUUCCACCAGCUCUUCUCCACCCCCAUCUUCACCGCUCCGUUCACAUCCCACAGAGCUACAGUUGGAGGAUACAGCAACAGAUGAAGUGGAGCCCGAAGAACAAGCCAGACGCAAGCUGCUGUUUCACCUCAUGACAUACAGCUAUGUGGAUGCUCACAGUGGGAAACGGCUGGUGCUGCUGAACUCUGAGCUGAUGGAGUCGAUCAAAGCUGUUGAACUGGUUGCUGUAGAUUCUGUAAAUGGAAAUGAAGUUGAGUCUCCUAGUUUGUCCACAGUUAAACAACUGAAGAUGCAAAUUAUGACUGAGUCGAGUUUGACUGAUGAAGGAGUGAGGGAAGAACAUGCUGUAGGUGGUCGGGAAGAAGGUUGUGAUGAAGAAACUGACAAGAACUUGCUGCAGAAACGACCAGUGGGUGUUGAUGAUUAUUUGAACUCUACAGUUAAAGGAGAGUUUGGUUCUUAUGAAGAUUCAGAAGUUAAAUCUGAAGAGAAAGAAAUGUUCACUUCAAAUGUGGCCUCUGCUAAAGACCCAGGGGAAGUGGUGACAACUGAAUCUAAACCCAGCGAUAACAAAAAUCAGGAAUAUGAAAGGACUAUAUUAAAAGAACCAAUUCUGUUAGAAAAAGCAAAUGAUGUUCAUUCAACUCAUUCUCCCCAGACAAAAUCAGAGAGCAUAAAAUUAAAGGUGGCAGUAAUGGAGAAAAUCUCAGCGAACAAUCAACCUGAAGCUGAGUUUUGUGAGUCCGCAGUUGUAAAGGAAGCAGGUGAUGUGGAUUUGCCGAGCUUAGUCCUGGAGCUCAAACAGGGCGGUAUAAUGACAGAAGAUGGGCAGCGGCUGCUUCCAGAUGAGGCAGUAGCGCAGGGCGUCCUCCAGGGCCACACAGCAGUUCACUUAAUGGCUCAGGCUGGUCUCUUUGGUGGUUUCCUAGACGCUGGCAGUGGUGAGGCACUCAGCAUUGAGGACGUCAUGCAGGAGGGUUUACUAGAUGAAGACCUGAUGUGGAGUGUUCUAAAGUCUGAUAAAACCCUUUCAGGGGUGGUUGAUGCAGAGAAAAGGCAGAUCAGAGGUGUGAGAGAGGCAGCGCAGGCAGGUCUGAUUGACCCCAACACAGCUGCGAGGCUUCUAGAAGCCCAAGUUGCCUCUGGGGGAAUCGUUGACCUACGCAGGGAUAAGAAAGUGUCCGUCACCCUCGCAGCAGACCUUGGGCUGAUCGAGGAGGACCAGCGAGAAGAACUAUUGGCACUAGAGAACGCAUGCAAAGGAAGAGCAACAGAUUCAGCAACGUCCCUCAAAAAGGCUGAUUUGCAGCUACAAAUGGACGGCGUUAUCGACCCAGAGGUGAAGUCUCCGGUUCCGCUGGAGAAGGCGCUUCAGCAGGGGUUAAUUGGGUCAGAGGAGGCUUAUCAGGUGCUGGCGAAGCAGGUGGCCGAGGGUGGCAUAAUACAUCAUGCUUCAGGACUCAGGCUUCCAGUCGCUGAUGCAGUAGACAGAGGACUAGUGGACAGGUCUAUUGCUCCUGGGCUUGAGGAACUAGAGUGGGUUUACCAGGGAAAGCUCAGCCCUUCAUCACACCCUGAAGCUGUCAUGUUACAGCCAUCAACAGGAGCCGUUUUAGAUCCCAACACUGGCCGUAAACUGACAUUGAGUGAGGCUGUUUCAGAAGGUCUCCUAGAUGAGAAGGUUGCCACUGAGGCCUUGGCUUCCCCUGCAGUCACACAGGGUGCACUUGAUCCCCAGUCUGCUCUCAUCGUGCCCUAUUCAGAACUUGUGAGGCAAGGUAAGAUAGACGUUGAAACAGGAAAGCGCUUCUUCGAAGUGAAGACAUUCAAAGGCAUUAAAAAUGAGCAAACAACAGACAUACUGACACUUUCUGAAGCCGUUACAUUAAAGUUAGUUGACCCGGUUCCAGCACUGAGACUUCUCCAGAGUCAGGCAGAUAGUGGAGGAGUCAUUGAUAUCAAUAAUGGAGAAAGGCUGGCCCUGCCUGAAGCCUGUGAGAGAGGUUUGGUUGGAGAUGAUUUGGUUAAAACAAUAACCUCCAGCCACAUUAUGAAAGGAGACUUGGCUGAUGUUUUGAUUGGACAACAAGGCUCUAGUCCCAGUGAAGCUACUGCAGGAGGACUGAGCUCCAGGGACACGGCUUCAGAGAAGGAGGAGAAAGUGACUUCUGUAGAAAAGAUUGAUAAAGAUGCCUCAUCUGAUGGUACAUACAGUUGUGCUUCAAGCCAAGGCAGCUCAGCAAACGAUGUUAACGAGGUUAAUGAGGUUAACGAUGUUAACGCUGAGCAGUUUUCACAGAACGGUUUAGUCGCACAGGAUACUAGUAAAACUAUAACAGAGAAUGAGACAAACACAUUGUCAGAUCAGUCACCGGUUUAUGACUCAACUACAGAUGAGGACAAAGUGGAAGCAUCAUUGUCAGACAGAGAAGAGGCACAACAGUCCAUGGAUGUGUUGUGUAGUUUUACAACUAAAGUAGAGAAAAGAAUCCAACAAGCCAUCAAAGAGAUCGCGCCUCAAAAAGACACCAGUACAUCAGAGAACCCUCCUCAGCCAGAGGCUUGUGGGACUGAGGAUGAACAGAACCAGGACGCUUUGAGACGGUCUGUUGGAGAGUCUGUGGUGCAGGGUUGUGACACAGAUAAAGGUUUACAGGAACAGAGGAGGAAAGGGGACACUUCUUUGAAAUGUGGUGAAGCCCCUGUGACGGUUCCCAAGGAAGAAGACCAUAGACCCAGUGAUGAGGUUACUUCAGUGGCUGAUCAUGUUCCUGAAGUUGAAAGCCAGACCGUUUCUUUGACAGCAGACGCUAGAGAUGAAAGACGAGACAAAGAAAGUUAUAAAUGUCCAGAGUUGAUUGAAGAGGAGCAUAGAAAGAGGGAAGUGGCAGCACAGAGGGAUGAAGGUUUGGAUGUGAAGGAUGAAGUGACUGAUGUUAAAUCCAGCGCUGACGUUGAAAAGGUAACACCUGGUCUGACUGCUCAAUCCAAAGAGACUGAAAGCAAAACUAAGAAAAAGAGAAAACCUAAAAAGAAAGCGAAGGUUAAAGAGGCGGAGGGUGAACUUCAACCUCCACCGACGGAACACACAUCUGAAAUUAAAGAGCAGCCUGAUUCAACUAAUCUCAUGACGAAUGAAUUGGCGUCACAAGACAAACAUGGGAAGUCAGAGAGGCAAAGUCAGACAGUUUCCCCAACACCUGAUGAAAAAAGUGAAGCAAAGGCUGAGACUGGAAGUGAUUUGGUAAAACAGGAAACUGAUAAAGACAUUCUGAAAGUCAAAGGACGUUUUGAGCCAGAGAUGAAUGCAAGAAAAAUGACAACGCUGAAGGAGGACAAGUAUGAAAAGGGAAGUGAGAUGAAAACAGUGGAGCAGAAUGAGAAAGUUAGAGAGAAGACUUCAGUCUCUCAGCCACCAGAGAUCAGCCUGGAGGUAAAGACAAUGAAGUCUACUUUACCUGAGGAUGAGAAAGCGGCCUUGAUACUCAAAGCCAAGGAGAGCAUUCUGAAGAAGGUGUUUGAGAAAGGCGUGAGCGAGAAGCAGGCUGCUGAGGAGCUGCAGGCGCUACGCAAAGAGGCCGUGAGGAGGCCGGACACGGGGAAGGACGUGAAAGGUGAAAGCAGAGAGCCACUGACUGGUUCACCAGGACAAACGGAGGAGGAGGUGAUGCUCUCAAACACCAGAGAGGAGAAGGUCUUUGUGCAGGUGGAAGACAAAUCACUGGAGGCCUCAAAUGAGACUCAAAGGGUCAACGCACACAAAGACGCUGGAGCACCACCUUCGGUUCAGCCUAAAGAGACCCAGCAAAGUAAAAGAAGCAAGAAGAACAAGAAGUCCAAGAGUUCAAAAGCAACAGAGCAGCAACCAGCUGAGCCUGAAACACCAACGUUACAAACCCAUAAACAGCUUCAAUCUGAUCCGACAACAGCAAACAUUCAUACAAGAAAAGCGUUGCCCAGUGACGUGAUCCAGCCUCCAGCUAGUGAUGAGGCAAAGGUGGACACUGACAGAAUCACUCACCGCUGUCCACCAGAGGAGCUGUCUCACAGCCAGGAACCAGGACCACCAGCAGGAGACGCAGCGAAGGAAACCAGCUUCAGCUUCUGUCUCGUCCAACCUGAAGCUCAGGCCGCGGCCGCAGACGCGCGGUGCGAUGGAGAGUCGGAGACGCGUAACGAGACCAGAGAGCGAAAAGGGCCCAAAGCUGAAAAUGAACCUCAUCCUGACUCUCCAGGAUCACGAGCUUUACUCUCAGCGAAUGAAUCACCUGGAGAGUCCGCUACAGACGCAAAGGAGGAGGCUGACGUCAGAGAGAGGCGAGAAGACGUGUCGGGAAAAGAGGAAACCGCAUCGUUGGCUGCCGAAUCGUCAUUAAAGCGCCAGCAGUGCCUGGAGCUCGACCAGCGGAUCGUGGCCCUCGUCUCUGUGGUGAGACACAUCGAGGUUCGCCUGAAGCAGCAGCAGCAGCAGCAGCAGCAGUCUGUCGGCCGCAGCCUCGUAGCCCUGGAUGAUGUUAUCACGAGGACAGAGACGCUGGACUUUGAAUUGCGUGACCUGGAGCCUGAAGUUGCCAAGGAAGUAGAGGCUGCAGCGCAGCUCGUGGAGCCCGAGCCUAAAGAUGUUCCUCCACAGCUCCUACUGGCCCUGGAGAAGGACGCACGGAGCCUGGCUCGAGGGUUUGAGGCCGCCAGAGCCCUUUCUGAGGGGGUCAUUGAGCGUCUGAGAGGCCACAGAGACUCGUACAAGGAGGCAGUAGCAGCUGAACACAAGGCACUGGGAGGAAGAGUGGAGGCUCUUCUCUCCUGGCUGCGAGAGACAGAGGCUCAGAUGGACGGAGCAAUGGCAAAGAUGGAGAAAGACGAAGCAGAGAAAGGUGACGGCCAGGAUCCGCUCACACAGCAGCUCAAGCUUUGCGAGGAGCUUCAGUCUGUGUUGAUGGCUCGCUCCAGUGAGGUCGGCAGCGUGGCCUCUGACAUCCAGGCGUUGGUCUCGGAGCGCGCUCAGGACCUGGCUCCCGGGCAGAGCCGCCAGCUUCUGGGCCAACUGCAGCAGCUCCAGAGGGACUUCCACCGAGCGUGGGGUCAGGCCCAGGCCUGGGCCCAGGCCCUCGCUGCUCAGAGAGGGCGGCAGGAGGACAGGGAGCGGCAGAGCACCAUGCAGCGAGAGGUGGUUCAACAGCAGAAAGCCCAGUGCUCCCAGAAACUGGAGGGUCUCACCAAGUGGUUGGCUGGAGCUGCCAGUCUGCUGGCCAGUCAACAAGCAGGGGUGGAGUCGGGCGACGUCACCGUCCUCAAAGAAAAGCAGCGCAAACUCAAGGAAGCACAAAGAGACCUCCAGAGCAAAGGCGAGGCCAUCGCCGAGGCCGUCCGCUCCAUAGAGGAGUUCCUAGCAGAGCGAGGUGACAGCCUGAGUCCAGAGGAGAGGGAGGACCUGCAGGGGGCGCUAACACGGAUGAAGCAGCAGUACAGCUCCCUGACAGACUCAGCAAACACAUCACUGUCUGAGCUCGACACAACUAUCAACACCACCGUGCAGCAGAACACACAGAGGGCGAAGGCGGUGGAGGAGCUCCAGGAGACACGAGGCCAGAUUGACUCUCUUCUGAAUGAGCUGUCCUGCCUUCAACAGCCUGCAGACAGUGUCGAUGCAUCCUUCUCGCCACCAGAGGGCGCUGUCCUGUCACGCGCAGAGAUGCUGCAGGCUGAGCUUCAGCAGCUUCAGUCUCAACAGGCUAAAGUCCUCCAGGUCUCCCAGUCUGUGCGCUCGCUCCUGGACCAGCCUGACGCGACCGUUCCUCCUGAGGAGAAGCAGCGCCUCCGGGCUGCCCUGGACCAGCUGCAGGCACAGCACCAGGACAGACUGCAGAGCUGCCAGGACCGUCUGAGGAAGUCUGAGACUCUGAAGGACGAGUUGGCAAAGUUCCUCCAGGAACAUGGAAGUCUGUGCAGCUGGCUGGAACAGAGUGAGCGGGAGCUCCACUCUCUUGGUGAAGGGGAAACCGAUGCACAAGGACUGAAGUGCAGGCUGGAUGAGCACAGAAAGCUGGCUGAGGACGUCAUCUGCCACAAGGCCGACCUGCGUUUCGUCUCCAUCUCCGGUCAGAAGGUUCUGGACUCUGUUCAAGGAGCCCAGGAGCAGGUUGGUGGUUCAGACCCAGCUCUGAACAGCACCAAGGAAAUGGUGACUAAGAAACUACAGGAUGCCAACCACAGAUACACGACCCUACACUCCAAGUCGUCAGAACUGGGCAGCCGUUUGUCCGGCCUGUUGGAGCGGUACCAGCAGUAUCAGGAUGAGGUCGUCUCCCUCCACUCCUGGCUGAGCACCCAGGAACAGAACCAAAGCAUAGCCAAGCCCAGUGGCGACACGGACCCACAGAACCUGCAGACCACAUUAAGACAAGUACAGCUUCUGCAGGAUGAGCUGGCAGAGCGAUCAGUGCAGGUGGAGAGAGUGAAGAGAGCAGGAAAAGACCUGGUCAGCGCAGACGAAUCUCCCUCACUGAAGGCUGUCGACAUCCUCUGUGCUGCAGACGGUUUAGAGAAGCGGUUCGGUUCCCUCUCUGCAUCUGUGUCUGAGCGAGCCGAACAGCUUCAGACGGCCGUGGCCCAGUCUGUCAGUGUCCAGGAGGGUCUGAAGGGCCUCCUCAGCUGGUUGGACAAACUGGUUGUGAACCCUGGACCAGUGGAGGCCACUGCCCAGGCUGUUCAAGACGCUCUCACCCAAAACCAGAAGCUCCGUCAGGAGCUGCUCUCCAGGCAGGGCAGUGUGGAAGCCACGCGGGACUCUGUGUCUAAGCUCCUGCAGAGCUCGGACGCCUCCACAGCCUCUGGCCUCAAGAUGGCGUUAGAUGACCUGAGUCAGCGCUAUGCUGCUGCUCAGGCCAGUCAGGCUGAGAGGGAAGCUGAGCUCAAAGGGCUGUUACCCAGACUGGAGAGCUACGAGCGGCUGGGGACCGAUCUCCAGGUCUUCACCCAGAGCCGAGUGAAGGCGUUGGGCCCCGUGGGCCAGCCGGACCGCAGUGUGGAUGACUACAGGCAAACCAUAGAGGAGGUCAGAGCAGAGCUGGAGCAGGAAUCUGGCCAGUUGAAGUCCUUCUGCCAUCUCGGAACCGAGCUGAGCCAGUCUAAAGCGUUCAGUAACACACAAAGCUUACUGGACAACGUCAGAGGGGUUUCUGAGAAGUUCACCCAGCUGGAAGCUAAUGUCAACGAAAGGUUUGCUGCCAUCCAGGCCUGCGAGCAGCAGCUGCUUCAGUUCCGCGGCCUCUCCGGUUCACUUCUGAGGUGGCUCGAGACAGCGCAGGACCAGCUACCGCCCAAAGAGGCCAACCUCAACAUCGAGGGGCUGCAGAGAAGAGUUCAGCAGCUUAAGGACUUGUUGAAUGACUGGGAGUCUCAGGGAACAAGAGUUCAGGAGCUGAAUAAGACAGGCUCAGAGCUGGAGUCCCUCAUCAUCAACAUCACUGCUCCUCAACCCAAAACUGGUUCUCCCCAAAUCAAUGGCUCAGCAGGUCCCAGCAGUGUCAAUGGCAUUCACACCUGUAAAGACCUCACAGAGCUUCAGGUGGCCGUGUCUGAUGUGAAUGGUCGGUAUGAGAUUCUGGGUGGGGAGUUGAAGGAGCGUCUUGGUCACCAGCAGGCCUCCCUUGACCUGAGGGAAAAGGCCAGACAGGGCACAGAGGAGCUCAAAAACUGGCUGGCGGACAAAGAACACAGCCUGAAGCAGGGACAGACCGCUUCCCCCUCCAGACCUGAGGUGGUACGUGCCCAGGCCGAGGCAAACAAGGCCCUACUGUCUGAGCUGGCUGAGAACUCUGUGAAGAUAGAGCAGCUGAAGAGCACUCUGAGAAAGCUGAUUGCUGAAAACCCAGAUUCUCCCGAGGCCGACACCUGGAGACAACAGCUGCAAGAAAUAGACUCACGCUGGCAGGCAGCCAAUCAGACUGCAGCCCAAAGGCAGACGGAGCUCGAAACGUGUGCCGACAGGCUGGGCAGCUUCGCCUCGGCAGCCAAUCAGCUGGGCCCGUGGCUGAGGGAGAAGGAGCUGAUGAUGAGUGUCCUGGGUCCGCUGAGCAUCGACCCCAACAUGCUCAACACACAGAAGCAACAAGCACAGUUCAUGCUGCGUGAAUUUGAGACCCGGCGGCCACAGUUUGACCAGUUGACCCAGUCUGCAGAGGGAAUCCUCUGUCCGACCGGUGACUCUGCCCAGGACCCCAAGGCCCUGGAGGAGGUGCGGUCAGAGCUGGGCUCCAUCUCCCAGCAGUGGGAGGAUCUAACAAAUCGACUGACGCAGAGGUCAGAUCACAUCGACCAGGCGUUGGGAACCAGCCAACGGUACCAGACCUUGCUGCGAGAACUUUCCUCCAGUGUUGCAGCUCUAAGUGAGCGGUUGGACGCUCAGGCCUCUCUGAGCGCUCAGCCAGAGGCUCUGAAACGUCGCCUUCAGGAAACCGGAGAAAUCCACUCCGAGCUGGAGAGACGUCGGACCGAGCUGUCUGAGGCCGAGAAGCUCUGCCGGGAGCUGAGUGCCAUCGUAGCGGAGCCCUACCUGAAGGAGGAGCUGAACAAGCGGCUGGAGAGCGUCAGCGGGCCCCUGAGGAGUUUGGAGGAACGCGCUGCCGAUGGCCUGUCUCAGCUCCAGGCCGCCCUGUCGUCCACCCAGCAGUUCCAGCAGAUGUUUGAGGAGCUGCGCUCCUGGCUUGACGAGCAGUCUGGUCCCAGAGAUCCCACGGAGGCUCUGCCCUGCCAGCCGGAGGCCAUCCGCUCACUGCUGGGGCACACGGACGCGCUGCAGCGCGGCGCCGCCAGCCAGCGAGGCUCCUACGAGCUCAUUCAAGCCGAGGGGGCGUCUCUGCUCGCCAGUCUCCCAGCAGGCGGAGAUGAGCGCUCUGCUUUGCAGUCCCGCCUGGCGUCUCUGCGGUGUGACUGGGAAGGGUUGAACCAGCGGAUCUCGGAUCGAGAGAGCAAACUGAAAAGCACUCUGGGCAAAGCAGAAACCUACCAGCAGUACAAGGCUGAGCUGAUACCGUGGUUAGCAGCCUGCGAAGGGAGAGAUGGAGAGAUCCAGCCAUCACUAGACUCGUCAAACCUGGAAGAAGCUCUGCAAAAGGCCAGGAGUCUGUCGCUGGACCUUGAGCGACGACAGCCUCUCCUAGAGUCCUUCAAUACAGCAGCGGAUCAGCUGCUGGAGCAGUGCUGCCUGGGCGAGGAAGAAGUUCGAGAUGAGAAGGCCCAGCUGAACCGCAGGGUGGACGACCUCGGAGAGAGCCUCCACAAACGCACCUCCCACUUGGAGGAACUGGCAGGUCGCCUGAAGGAGUUUGAAGAGGGCAGACAGACUGUGGAGAGGAGGCUAGAGGCAGCCAAACACCAGAUUGAAGUCCAGGAGGCCCUGGGACCUCAGGCGUGCAGCGCUAAAAGCCUGGAGAGGCUGCGAAGUCAGCAGGAGAGUCUGAGGUCCCUGCAGCCUCAGGUGGUUUACCUCAAGGACCUGGUCCAGGGGCUGGUGCAGGAUGCGCCGCAGACUCCAGGACACGGCACAGAGGGAGCUCAGAGGCUUCAGGAGCAGGCGGGAAACACAGAGCGACAGUUUGCUGACGUCACUGACAAGAUCGAGCACUGCUGUUCCUCCCUGGAGUCUCGGCUUCAGGGAGUCGGCGAGGUCCAGUCUCACGUGCGUGACGUUUUCUCACAACUCGCUGACCUUGACGAUGAACUGGACUCCCUCAGCCCAGUUGGGCGCGAUGCUGACUCCUUGGCCUCUCAGGCCGACGCCCUGAAGGGCUUCCUGUCCCGUCUGGCGGGCCUCAGGACGGAGCUGGAGGGUCACGCCUCAGAAUGCACCACCAUGCUGAGGCGGGAGGGCUCGUCCCCCGACCUCCUGGCUCUUAAGAGGGAGACUGAAGCUCUGAGCCGGCAGGCUGGCAAGCUGAGUGAGCGCGGCCAGGCCAGACUGGACCAGAUCGAAGACGCAGCCGAGAGGGUCCGGGAGUUCUACAAGCUGGUGACGGAGCUGCAAAGCAUGCUGGGAAGGGCCGAAGAGGGGCUGAAUGCACAGGGCAUGGUUGGCACAGAGGUGGAGAUGAUCAGGCAGCAGCUGCGGGAGUUCAAGGCUGUGGAGAGGGAGCAGGUGGACAGCAUUCAACCGAAGCUGCAGCACGUCAACGCAGUGGGUCAGGGUCUGAUCCAGAGCGCCGGCAAGCACACCGACACCCAGGCACUGGAGCACGACCUGGAGACGACCAACCUCAGAUGGAACUCACUGAACAAGCGGGUGGCAGAGCGAAUCGCCCAGCUGCAGGAGGCCCUGUUGCAUUGUGGGAAGUUCCAGGAUGCUCUGGAGCCGCUGUUGAGCUGGCUGAGUGACACAGAAGAGCUGGUGGCCAAUCAGAAGCCUCCGUCUGCAGAGUACCGCGUAGUCAAGGCUCAGAUCCAGGAACAAAAGCUGCUCCAAAGGCUGCUGGACGACCGCAGGCCGACGGUGGAGAUGAUUCGUGCUGAAGGCCAGAGAAUCGCAGCCACAGCAGACACUCAGGACCAAGAGAAGAUCCAGACUCAGCUCAAGAGUCUGGCAGAGCGGUGGACAGACCUGCUGGAUAAGGCCAGCGCCAGGCAGAGGCAGUUGGAGGAGCUGCAGGUUUUGGCACUCCAGUUCCACGAGGCUCUGGAGCCACUGGGAGAAUGGCUGAGCGCCACCGAGAGGCGCCUCAGCUCCGCGGAGCCCAUGGGAACGCAGACCGCCAAGAUCUCCCAGCAGAUCAUCAGGCACAAGGCGCUCCAAGAGGACGUGUCCUCGCGAGAAGCUGAGGUUGACCGCCUCGAGCGCCUCAGCCAGUCGCUGACGCCGCUCAGCUGUGCGGCCGACCGCGGCUGGCUGGGGGAGCGCGUGGGGGCGGUGAGGACGGGCCACUCUGAGCUGGCCCGCUGGUGCAGCGUGCGGGCCGGCCUGCUGGAGCAGGCGCUGGCCAACGCUCAGCUGUUUGGGGAGGAGGAGGUGGAGGUGCUGAACUGGCUGGCAGAGGUGGCUCAGAGGCUGGCUCAGGUCUCGGUCCAGGGCUAUCAGCCACAGCUGCUGGCCGCGCAGCACGAGCACUCUCUGUCUCUAAAUGAUGAGAUCCUGAGCAGAAAAAAGACGGUGGACCAGGCCAUUAAGAAUGGACAAGCCUUACUCAAGCAGACCACAGGUGAGGAGGUCCUGCUCAUCCAGGAGAAGCUCGACGGCAUCAAGUCCCGUUAUGCUGAGAUGACGGCGAGCAGCAGCAAGGCUCUGCGCACCCUGGAACAGGCCCUGCAGCUCUCCACGCGCUUCGCCAGCGCUCACGACGACCUCAACCAGUGGCUGGACGGUGUGGAGGCAGAGCUGAGCACCGCGGAGCCUGACGCAACCCCCGCCUACCAGGAGAGACAGAAGGAGCUGAAGAAAGUGUCUGCGGAGAAGCGUCUGGUGCUGGAUACGCUCAACGAGGUGGGCAACGCCCUGCUGGACCUGGUGCCGUGGCGAGCCCGCGAAGGCCUGGACCGCCUGGUCGCCGAUGCCAACCAACGCUACCGCCAGGCGGAUGAAACCAUCACGCAACGGGUGCAGCUGGUGCAGGCCGCCAUCCAGAGGUCGCAACAGUACGAGGAGGCUGUGGAUGCGGAGCUGGCGUGGGUCGGGGAGACGGAGCGGAAGUUGGCGUCUCUGGGGCCCCUGAGUCUGGAGCCUGAUGUGACCGUGGCCCAGCUGCAGGUGCAGAGGGCUUUUAAUAUCGACAUCAUCCGGCACAAAGACACCGUGGAUCAGCUGCUUGGUACCAGGGACGAGAUACUGGAGACCUGCAGUGAUGCCCAGAAGGAUGCGCUGAUGAUAAAGACUGAGUCUUUGAGUGCUCGAUACGAUGCAGUGAGCCAGAGCCACAGCGAACGGUUUUCAGCUCUGGAGCAGGCCCAGGUUCUAGUGGGUCGGUUCUGGGAAACGUACGAAGAGCUGGAGCCAUGGCUGGGCGAGACGGAGACCCUCAUCACGCAGCUGCCUCCUCCAGCCAUAGACACAGACGCUCUCCGGCUACAACAAGACCAGAUGAGGCUGCUCAGAGAGUCCAUCGCAGAGCACAAGCCCCACAUCGACAAGCUGCUGAAGAUCGGACCCCGGCUGGCUGAGCUCAGCACGCAGGAGGGGGCCACGGUGACGCAGCGCUACACCGAGGCCGAGAGGCGCUACCUGGCUAUUAAAGAGGAGGUGAAAGGUCGAGCGGCCGCGCUUGACGAGGCCGUGUCCCAGUCUGUGCAGCUGGUAGAGUUUCAUGACAAGAUGGACCCUCUGUUGGAGACCCUGGAGGGGGCGGUGCAGCGGCUGCGGCAGCCUCCCCCGGUGGCAGCAGAGGUGGAGAAGAUAAGGGAGCAGCUGGCGGAGCACCGAUCGCAGGGCCUGGAGCUGGACAAACUGCUGCCAAGCUUCUCCGCCCUCUGCUCCCGCGGGGAGGAGCUCAUCGGACGGGCCGCUCACGACGACCCCGCAGCUCAGGCCGUUCGCUCCCGCCUCCUGCGCCUACGCUCUCUGUGGGAUGAGAUCCGGCAGCGGGCCGAGGACAGGGAGGGGAAGCUGAACGAUGUCCUUGACCUCGCCGGGAAGUUCUGGGCCGACGUGGCGGCGCUACUGAGCACGCUCAGAGACUCCCAGGAUAUUGUAAGAGAACUGGAGGACCCGGGUGUGGACCCCUCCCUCAUCAAGCAGCAGAUUGAGGCUGCCGAGGCCAUUAAGGCUGAGACGGACGGUUUGAGAGAGGAGCUGGAGUUUGUCAGGACCCUGGGGGCUGACCUCAUCUUUGCCUGUGGGGAAACCGAGAAGCCUGAAGUGAAGAAGACUAUUGAUGAGAUGAAUGCUGCCUGGGAGGGUCUAAACCGGACGUGGAAGGAGAGGAUGGAGAGGCUGGAGGAGGCCAUGGCGGCAUCUGUGCAGUAUCAGGAUGCUCUGCAGUCUAUGUUCGACUACCUGGACAACGCCGUGAUCAAACUGUGUGAAAUGUCCACUGUGGGAACUGACCUGGGAACUGUCAAACAGCAGAUCGAAGAGCUCAAGCAGUACAAGGUGGAGGUUUACCAGCAGCAGAUUGACAUGGAGAAGCUCUGCCACCAGGGGGAGCUGCUGCUCAAGAAAGUCUCAGACCAGACCGACAAGGACAUGAUCCAGGAGCCGCUGACCGAGCUCCGACACCUCUGGGACAACCUGGGGGAUAAAAUCACCCAAAGACAGCACAAGCUCGAGGCCGCCCUGCUGGCUCUGGGUCAGUUCCAGCACGCCCUGUCUGAGCUCCAGGCCUGGCUGAGCCACACACACACCACCCUGGACACGCAGCGUCCAGUCAGCUCUGACCCCAAGGCCAUCGAAAUCGAGCUGGCUAAACACCACGUUUUACGUAACGACGUUCUGUCCCACCACGCCACGGUGGAGACUGUCAACAGCGCCGCCGCCGAGCUGCUGGAGUCGUCUCCUGGCGACGAGGCCAGCCACCUGAGGGAGCAGCUGGACCAGCUCCACCAGAGCUGGGAGAGUCUGCUGCUCAAGACCCAGGAGCGCCAGAAACUCCUGGAGGCCGCGCUACAGCAGGCUGAAGGUUUUCAUGGGGAGCUGGAGGAGUUCCUCCAGUGGCUGAGGAGGACGGAAAGCCAGCUGUCGGCCGCUAAACCAACAGGAGGUCUCCCCGAAACGGCCAGAGAGCAGCUACAGCAACACAUGGAGCUUCAGGCUCUACUGUCUCAGCGAGCAGACCAGUACCACCGACUCCUGGACCAGGGCGAGUCCAUGCUUCUGGCUCGAGGAGAGGAAGCGGGACCUGGGGCCACCCAGACCCAGCAGAACCUGGCCAUGCUGCAGAACAAGUGGGCCAGUCUCACCACUAAGAUGGAGGACCGCCGGGCUAAGCUGGAAGAGGCUGUUGCCUUGGCAACGGGUUUCCAGACGUCUCUGCAGGACACCAUCAACUGGCUGACACAAGCUGAACAGACCCUGAACAUGGCGCAGCCCCCCAGCCUCAUGCUGGACACGGUUCUCUUUCAGAUUGACGAGCACAAGGUUUUCGUGAACGAGGUGAACACCCACAGAGAGCAGGUCCUUGCUCUGGAGAAGGCUGGCUCUCAGCUGCGCUUCGCCAGUCUGAAGCAGGAUGUGGUUCUCAUUAAAAACCUGCUGCUCAGCGUCCAGGCUCGCUGGGACAAGCUGGUCCAAAGGUCGCUGGACCGCGGCCGACACCUCGACGAGGCCCGGAAACGAGCCAAACAGUUCCACGAGGCCUGGAGGAAGCUGACCGACUGGCUAGAAGAAGCCGAGAAAAGGCUGGACUCAGAGCUGGAGAUCUCCAACGAGCCAGACAAGAUCAAAGUGCAGCUGACUAAACACAAGGAGUUUCAGAAAGCGCUGGGAUCCAAGCAACCAGUUUACGACACCACAGUGAGGUCUGGGAGGGCCAUGAGGGACAAGGCUCAGCUGCCUGCAGACACCCAGAAACUGGAUCACCUGGUUGGAGAGGUUCGAGACAAGUGGGACACCGUCUGCGGCAAGAGUGUGGAGAGACAACACAAGCUGGAAGAGGCCCUGCUGUUCUCAGGCCAGUUUGCAGAGGCUCUCCAGGCUCUGGUUGACUGGUUGUACCGGGUGGAACCUCAGCUGGCUGAAGAUCAGCCUGUCCAUGGAGACUUGGACCUGGUGUCCAACCUCAUGGACUCACACAAGGCUUUCCAAAAAGAACUGGGCAAGCGGACCGGCAACAUUCAGGCCCUGAAGCGUUCGGCUCGGGAGCUGAUGGAGACCGGCCGCGAUGACACGGCGUGGGUCAAAGUUCAGCUUCAGGAGCUCAGCAACCGCUGGGACACGGUGUGCGCCCUGUCGGUGUCCAAGCAGAGCCGCCUGCAGCAGGCGCUGAAGCAGGCGGAGGAGUUCCGCACGGCGGUGCAGGUGCUCCUGGAGUGGCUGUCGGAGGCGGAGCAGACGCUUCGUUUCCGCGGCGUCCUCCCUGAGGAGGCGGAGACUUUGCAGGCGCUGCUGCACACGCACCGCGACUUCAUGAGCACAGUGGAGGAGAAGAGGGCGGACGUGAACAAGGCUGCUGGCAUGGGAGAGGGCAUCCUGACUGUGUGCCACCCCGACUCCAUCACUACCAUCAAACACUGGAUAACCAUCAUCAGGGCGCGCUUCGAAGAGGUUCUCACCUGGGCCAAACAGCACGAGCAGCGACUGGAGACGGCGCUGACUGAGCUGCUCAACAACGCAAACCUGCUGGAGGAGCUGUUGUCAUGGCUACAGUGGGCCGAAACCACGCUGGUCCAGAGAGACACGGAGCCGCUUCCUCAGGACAUCCCACAACUGAAGUCGCUCAUCACAGAGCACCAGAUGUUUAUGGAGGAGAUGACAAGGAAACAGCCGGAUGUUGACAAAGUGACAAAGACCUACAAAAGGAAGACGGUGGAGCCUCCCAGCAGCCUCGCAGAGCGCAGAGGAGCUCGUAAACAGCAGCAGCAGCAGCAGCAGCAGGCGGCCGUGCAGGUUCCAGGAGGAAACCCGCGGCUCAACCAGCUCUGUGCCAGGUGGCAGCAGGUGUGGCUGCUGGCUCUGGACCGCCAGCGCAAACUCAACGACGGCCUGGACCGGCUGGAGGAGCUCAAAGAGUUCGCCAACUUCGACUUCGACGUGUGGAGGAAGAAGUACAUGCGCUGGAUGAACCACAAGAAGUCCCGCGUCAUGGACUUCUUCAGGCGCAUCGACAAGGACCAGGAUGGAAAGAUCACGCGGCAGGAGUUCAUCGACGGCAUCCUGGCGUCCAAGUUUCCCACCAGUAAGCUGGAGAUGACGGCGGUGGCGGACAUCUUUGACCGGGACGGAGACGGUUACAUCGACUACUACGAGUUCGUUGCCGCUCUGCAUCCCAACAAAGACGCGUACAGACCGACCACAGACGCAGACAAAAUAGAGGACGAGGUGACCCGGCAGGUGGCCCAGUGUAAAUGUGCCAAGAGGUUCCAGGUGGAGCAGAUUGGAGAGAACAAAUACCGGUUCUUCCUCGGAAACCAGUUCGGUGACUCCCAGCAGCUGCGUCUGGUGAGGAUUCUGCGCAGCACGGUGAUGGUGCGAGUGGGAGGCGGCUGGAUGGCUCUGGACGAGUUCCUGGUCAAGAACGAUCCGUGCAGAGUGCAACAUCCGGGACUUAAGAUUCUCCGCUCCGAUUCCAGUAGCUCCAUCUCAUCUCGUAUAGUGACAGUCACUCCUGGCUAUUUCUGCUGCCGAGCCCGAGGCCGAACCAACCUGGAGCUGAGGGAGAAGUUCAUCCUGCCUGAAGGGACGCCUCAGGGCGUGAGCAUGGGCGUGGUCAUCUCCCGCUCCAGGGGCCGCCGCUCCAAGCCGGGCUCCCGCAACGCCUCCCCCACGCGCUCCUCCUCCUCGGCCUCCCACAGCGGCGCCUCGCUGCCCUCGGCCCCGUCGGCGCCCGCCACGCCGACGGCAUCCGCGUCCUCCAGGUCCUCCCAUACUCACGUGCGUGACUAUGCCAAGCCCUGGCUGGCGCACAGUAAAACUCCAACGCCAACCAAGUGCCAGUGCUGCCCAGAUCUCGGUCACAGCCACAGCGCUCCUGGGCACGAGGGGGCGGCGUCAGGGUCCAAACUGAAGAGGCCGACGCUCCACUCGAGCCGAGGAUCUCUGACCGGAGAGAACGGAGGAACGGCACACGGCAGCAAACCUGAUCCAAAGCGCGGCGCGUCCACCGCCAGCGGUCCCACCAGCCGGGCCGGCAGCCGGGCCGGGAGCAGAGCCAGCAGCCGCCGCGGCAGCGACGCCUCAGACGCGUCGGAGCUGCAGGACGCGCGCUCCGUCUGCUCCGACACCUCGGACACGCCCAGGCGGCCGGGGGGCGGAGCCAAACCCUCCAAGAUCCCCACCAUCUCCAAGAAGACGCCCAGCCCCAAGACCCCAGGGGCUGCCAAGAAAUAGCACCAGCUCCCGAAUCAGCGAGUAGAAGGCCGUCACAGAGGGCCUCGGUGCAGCUCCUCCAUCUGCACAUCCACCACAGCACCUUCAUCCACUCUGUGCACGGACUGAGCGUUAGCAGGGGGGGGAGGGCCCUUUCCUCAGUCUUAUAAACCUAGUGAGACAUGCACAAGAGGAGAAGAGUUCUGGUCUGGACGGCCCGGCCCAAACAUCUGGGGUUGAAUCGGACUACACCCCCUUUAAGAAGCAACCCAGUCUGCCUUCCAGUCUCCUGCUUGGUCUGUCAGACGCUCCCCAGCGUGGGAACCAGACGCCAACUGGCCUGAAGUGAUGCUGCCUUAGACUCUGUCCCACACAGACGGAGAAAGUCCGUGGACUGCUUGGUACCACACAGACACACAAACACACAACCGCCACCACCACCGCUGCAAAAACAUGACUGAAAUGAGAUUCAGGAAAAAAACAAAGGAACCGUGGGUUAUUGUUUCGGCCCAUGGUCCAGAUGCCUCUUAAAAAAGAAAAUAUGCAACGACUGCCAUGUCCCAGAGUCGCCUCAGCCCGCGGGCCGUGCGGCGCUGCGACACCGGCCGACCUCAGACCCGGAGGAUCGGCGCUGCUGAGGGCAAACAGUCACACACUCCUCCGACCGCCGGAACGCCGCGUCGGCCUCCAGCGGGCGACUCAGCGAAAGGCGCUGUGGUCGUCAGCCACUGGCAGCAGCGCCGCCCACGCGCUCGGCUAACAGCACAUUAGCCACGGUCUGCGAUGAUGGAAGCGUCUGCAGAGACCAGCAUGCACCCGUCUCACACACACACACACACACACGUUCAGCCUCCAGGUGUGUGUGACGCCACAGGAAGAGUCACUGAAUGCAACGUUUGGCUUCUCGUGUUCUGCUUUAUUUAUAACCCAGCUGUACUUUUGUUAUUUAGCUUGAAAGAAAAUGUUUAUUUAUUUUUCAGUCUCACGUCAUAUCAUUGCUGGCGGAGAGUGGUUUAGUAUUAUGGCUAAAGAAGUUGUGCGUUUUGUACCGAGGACGUGUCCACUCACUGUGUGUAACGUGUGUUUCUACUUCAUUGUAACAUGACAUCACUCACUAGCUCGCUGACGCUAGCGGCAGCCUUCUGUGUUCAUCUUCCUCUUUUUGCUAAUGACUACGAUUCCCAGACUUUGACCAAAGGGGUUUGCCCUUCAUUUGUAGAGAGCUCUUCAGUGAGUGACGGGACCCUGGGCCGAGCGGGGGGGGUCCUCACGUCCCUCCACAAACGCUCCUCUUCUAGGCUUUUUUUCAAAUGUCCCGUCUCCAACGGGACCGAGUUGUCGCUGUGUUAUCUCAGUGUAAGAGAUGAAGUUUAAGAAAUCAAACAGCAGAAGAAAGAAAACAUCUUACGGUGAUUUUUAUUUAUUUAUUGUCUCUCUGAGGGAGGGAUUCAGGCGCAGGAGGCACCUUUUGAUGCCCUGCUCCUCUCAGAGUGACUAUGACGACAUGAAGGCAGAGGCGAGUGGAGGAAAUAAAGUUUUUGUUCUGUUUUUGUAUUAAAAUAUGCUUGCAGUAAA